GGAGCUCACAUCACUCUUUCUAAUGCUCUGUUUGACCUCCUCAGCAGCCACACUGAGCAUCACUCCCAACAGAUCUCAGUUCUUUCAUUAUGACCGCAUCUCUCUAAGCUGUGCGCCAGCAGUAAACUCCAGCGGUUGGAAAGUAAAAAGAAACACUUCCUUUAGCACUUAUGAAGUGUGCGCGUUUGGCUGGGGGAUCCCAGGUGAGUCCUCUUGCCUCCUUGAGGAUGCCUACCCAUCAGACACCGGAGUGUACUGGUGUGAGUCUGAGCAGGGGGAGUACAGCAACACCGUCAACAUCACAGUGACAGCUGGUGUUGUGAUCCUGGAGAGCCCUGCACUUCCUGUGACGAAGGGAGAUAAAGUGACACUUAACUGUUCCUACAAGGAAAAAGAGCAAAUUGAAUCUACGUCAGAUUUCCCUGCUACGUUCUACAGAAAUGGUGUUUUCAUUGGAACUGAGCCUGCAGGGACGAUGAUCCUCCCCGCGGUGUCUGAGUCUGACAAAGGCUUCUACAAGUGUGAACACCCCACAAAAGGAGAAUCACUGCAGAGCUGGCUGUCUGUGAGAGCUCAGCCUCCAGGUGUCAGUACCCCUCCUCCUCCUCCUCCUCCUCCACUGAUGUCUUUGCCCAGGCUGGUGUGUUUCAUCCUGCUGUUCCUCCUCUACACUGCCAUACUCAUAAUAUGCAUAUACAUGUACCGAAAGUGGGCUCGAGCUCGAGCUGAUGCAAAAAUAUGAGCUUCUAAUCAUCUGGUGCUGGACUGAAGAGGAGGAGAUACAAUAUAUGCUGGUCAAUACGAGGUUAUAUACUGAACCACUUACCAUGACUAACGUAAAAUUCUCAACAAGCAUUAUAUUUUAUAUUUUUACAUUUCUUAUUCUUAUGUGACAAUGUUUGUAUGUAACAACUAAAAAUAAAUAAAUAGACUUGUUUUUUGAA